GGUCACACCGCUGCGAUCACGGAUUCUGGCGAGCUGUGGACCUGGGGCCACAAUGGUCAGGGCCGGCUUGGCAUUGGUGACACGACCCAUCGCCAUUCACCGACGCAGGCGGCAUUGCCGGUCAAGAUCGGCGAGAUGCGUGACCCUCUGUGCUGGUCUCUCGAGGGCCGGGUGUCAAGUGUGCUUGGCGAGGCCUUCCUGGCUGCAACAUGGGGUUCUAAGAUUCCGCGACCCCGUCAGUGCAGUGCGCUACGUGGCCAGCUUGCCACUUUCCAGCAGGAGUGCCACGUGCAGGUGGGCGCUUGGGAGGCAACACCCUGCCCAGCGGGCUCCUUCUGCGCAGUGGAGCGGGUCGCACGCUGCUCAGCUGGUUUGUUGGAAGAUGGAGGCGCCGAAGGCUCGGAGGCACCGACACCGUGCAAAGCUGGGGUUUGGUGCCCGGCCGGGAGCGUAGGUCCUCCUGGCAGCAAAGGUCCCGAUAGCGAAGCCGUAUCUGCUGGCGACCCUCACGGCAGCGCGCAGCCGGGUGGCAGCACGGAGUCUCGCGAAGCGGUGCAAGAGAUAUGCCAAAUUGAGGUGGCCAAGAUGCAGCAGCAAGAGAGAGCCUUGAGCGCCCUACAGGCUAAAGUCGCAGAGCUGGAGAAGCAGCAGCUGCAAAGUGACGCGACAGUGCAGGCGCAGCAGCUGCAGCAAGCAGCUGUGGAAACUUCAAUACAGAACCUUGAGGUGAAAGCGCAGAUUUGGGCGUCGCAAGACUACAAGAAGUUGGAGGAUCAGCUGCAGCAAGCAACAGCAAAGCAGCAAGACAUGGAUGAGACUCGACACGAGUUUGCAUUUCGCAUCGCGAAGGUGGAGCAGCAGUGGCAGCAAGCAGCAGUGGACGAAGAAGUGCCCCAGCAGCAUCUGCGAGCCUGCGCCCAAAGCCUUGAGGCGACAGUACAGACUUUGAAGUCUGCGGACGAU